AUAAAGCGGGGCGGCGGAGCCCAGGCUCACAGCUCCAGAGCCUGACGCCCCUUGCAGAAGUGAAGCCAACCUCGGCUUGUGUGUGUGUCCGAGUGCAGCUGAACCAUGGCGGGAGGGAGAUGUGACCCAGCCGCUACAAUUACUCUUGCAUUGAUGCUCGCCACAGGAUCCGCCUUCAAUUUGGAGUUAAACCCGUCUAGAAAGGUGUGGGUUCGUAUCGGGGACUCGCUGGAGUUGAACUGUGUGGCGAAGAGCUGCUCGUCACCGACCUUCACGUGGAGAAUCGGCACCGAUAACCCCCUGGGCGGAACAAUCACAACUCGGGGCUCGGUGUCCACAUUCACCAUCUCCGCGGUUACCCCGCAGAACCAACACAAGUACACUUGUUCCGCAAAAUGCGGCGCAGAAGAAAAACGAAAUUAUGCCGACCUCAAUAUAUUCUCUCUGUCCGACACACUCAUCGUGGAGACAGUGGGCAGUCUGGAAGUUGGCCAGAGAGGCUCUGUGAGAUGUACGGUCCCCAAAGUCUACCCUGCUCAAGUGGAGGUGGAGUGGCUGAAAGGAACAACGUUGCUGAAGACCGACAGCUUCCGUGCCUACACGGAGGUAGAAACGGCGAUGAACUUCACCUACGAACUGACGGCCGAAUUGCGAGACUCAGGACAAGAGCUGACAUGCCGAGUGCAAUUACUCACGGAGAACCAACCACGCAAGGCCGAGGGGACGCUAACGUUACAGGUUCACUAUGCUCCCACAUGGAUUGACAUUACUGCAGAGCCCUCUGCCACAGUGAGAGAGGGUCAGGAUGUUCGGCUAACCUGUGCUGCAGACAGCAGCCCCGCUGCCACAAUUGUGUGGAGCAAGUUAUCCGCCGGCAACUGGUCAGUCGUGGCCGAGGACCGAGCGAUUCUGCACCUGUCACCGGCCCUGUUCGGGGACACGGGAAUGUACCGCUGUGAAGCCGGCAAUAAACUGGGGACAAUCACCAAGGAGGUGGAAUUCCACGUUCAAGGUAGCCCCAGGGACACCACUCUCUCCAUCACCCCCUCUGCUGUGAAGGAAGGAGACAGGGUCACGUUCAGCUGCACAACCCAGUCCAACCCCCCUGCCCACCUUGUACUGAAGAGGCAGUCAUCGAGCGGAUGGAGCGAGCUAGACUCUGAGAAUGGAACAUUGACAAUCCGUGAUGUCCUGCCAGCUGAUGCAGGGCUGUAUCAAUGUGAGGCCAUUAAUGCUCUGGGGAAGCAGAUCAACAUCACCAAACUCCAGGUUCAAGGUGGCCCCAGGGACACCACUCUCUCCAUCACCCCCUCUGCUGUGAAGGAAGGAGACAGGGUCACGUUCAGCUGCACAACCCAGUCCAACCCCCCUGCCCAGCUUGUACUGAGGAGGAAUUCAUCGAGCGGAUGGAGCGAGCUAGACUCUGAGAAUGGGACGUUGACAAUCCGUGAUGUCCAGCCAGCUGAUGCAGAAAAAAAAUCUGAUAUCGCAACUCCUGCCGAGAAUCCUGCGGGUGUUCUGGAAACAGUGUGCAUAGUAGUCGCACUUGCAUCAGCAGGACUGAUAUUUUCUGCUCUGUUUUAUGCCUUUCGCAGAAGCAACUUGACAAAAUCUUUCAAAAUAGCAAGAGAGAUACUGUGAAGUGUAAACAAAGGAUCGAAGGAAUGGACAAUCACACUUCUAGCACCGAUCAAUCUCUGGGACUGUGCUGCUAGGGGCAGGGAGUUGGGAAAUAAAGGUGUUGGAUUAUAACACGAUUCAAAACAUUACCAACAGCUGGUAUCUAAAAAGUGUACAGUAGACUUGAACUUAGGGCACUUUACUCUGUAAUUUGAAUUUGUUGGCGUUCUGCAAGGAAAUAGUGCACAAACAAUUCACUUCAAAAAGUUCUCUGGCCUAAACAAAUGCAUUUUCGAUAUCUCUCUCCCAUGUGCCAGGAACAAUUCAAACUAUUAGCAUUCUUCAGUGAAACAGAUCUAGUUUUUUCAGAUGCAAAAUGGUGCUGGACUUGAUCCCUUCCUUCCCCUGUGGGUAAUGGGAGGCCAUAUGUGAGCCAGGAGCAAGGCACUUUACACUUACUGUUCUGCAUUCUUCCCAGUACAUUUGAACCACUUUUGCAAUGAAUUCCUAACACAUUGAACUGGGACAUCUUCCAUUGUGGCUGAAUCUCGGAACUGUGUGCUGGUUUAGGUACUGAACUCUCAGCUGGGACCAUUGGUCGGUGACUCCGUUUUCUGAAGCUGGAACCGGAAAUCCAAACCAAAUGAAUUGUACUCAUUGAACUAAACUAUUGUUAAACUCAAUUUGCAUUACUGUCCACACAUGUUAUUUCAAUCAUUUUUCCUGCAAUAAUGUAGACGAAACAAAUUAAUUAAAAUAGUAUUUAUUUUUUGACUGAAUACACCUCUCAAAUUAAGUAAUUUAAAAUAUUAUCAAAGAUUUUUCACAAUUAGAAUAUAAUAUUGUCAACUUUGCUGUUGUCAACAUUUGAGAAUAAUGAGUUUCCAACGUGAAAACCGGGAAUUUCAGUGACACUUGCAAUCAUUUUAAACAAAAAGUCCAGUUCCAGUACAUUUUGCAAUGCUGUCAGUCCAGGAAAGAUUGCAUGUCUAGAAUGAAUGAUUUGGCUGGUUCUAAAAGCGAGUGAAUAUCUGAGAACUUGUGUGGACACUUGUACUACUGAUUAUAUUGACUAAUGUUGCGGGUUUUAAUAAACUGUAUAAUUAUCUGA